GGCCUGCUGAGAAGAGUACUUUAUCACGGCUGAAGGGCAUCCAGGGAUUCGGUAACUCCACAUACUCCAUCAACUCCCGAGUCCCCACCAGGGUAUCUUAAUAAACUUGAGAUUAAAAAACCACCCAACACAAGAUAAGUGGAACACCAGGUAGAACAGGUGGCGGAUUUUGCAUCUAUAUAAUGGAAAUCGUUCCAGAUACUAGAGGAAUGCUCACCUUUUACCCUUCGUGCUGCAACAUCAUUCUCCAAAUACAGCAAUAUAUGCUCAUCACUGAACAUGCUUUGGAAAUCGCUAAUCCUACCGUUGCUGGUGGAGCUCUGCUCUGCCCAGGGAAGAAUGCCCAUGAUGCGCUUUGAAUGCUCCCAGCUCGUCGUCGACCGUCUUGAUCCCCUCGUAAACCCAGGCUCCGUCCCAUCACCUCAUCUCCACCAGAUCGUCGGCGGGAACUCCUUCAACGCAACUCUCUCCCACGACCUCCCCUCCCAAUCCACAUGCACCAGCUGCACCUUCUCCGAAGACUUCUCCAAUUACUGGACCGCCGUGCUCUACUUCCGCGCCCGCAACGGCACCUUCAGGCGCGUGCCGCAGUUCGUCAGCGAGGGCCUCCGCGGCGAUGGCGGCAUCACUGUCUACUACAUCGCGCAGUCGAACAAGGCCCUCAACGUCACGGCCUUCAAGCCGGGUUUCCGCAUGCUGGUCGGAGACGCGGCAGCGAGCUCUCGCAUGGCGGACCGCAAGGUGUGCCAUCGAUGCAUGCCGAAGACGGGCGACGCGAGUAAUAUCAACUGCGGGUCUCCUGAUACCCAAGAGCUUCCUAAGGGGUUCUGUGAGGGUGGGAUCCGCACGAUCAUUACGUUCCCAACUUGCUGGGAUGGGAAGAAUCUUGAUAGUCCGGAUCAUAAGAGUCAUGUCACCUAUGCGACGGGGUCGAAGGCGAAUGAUGUUGGGCCGACGGGGACGUGCCCGGCGAGUCAUCCUGUGAUUAUCCCGCAGGUUAUGUAUGAGGUUAUGUGGGAUGUAAGUGUGCUGUUUCUUCUUUCUGGGACUACACGAAUCUUCAAUGACAAGAAUCUAUGGCCUACAGACGGCUCGCAGCCUUUUGUCUGGAGCACCGGCGAUCAACACGGAUACUCCCAACACGGAGACUACGUCUUUGGCUGGAAAGACGACUCCCUCCAGCGCGCCAUGAACGCCCGCUGCGACAACGACGCCUGCAAGGAGCUCAAGUCGCAGACGCCAGAGGAGGCUAUGAAGUGCACCAUCCCUCCGGUCGUUAAGGAGCCGAUUGAUCAAUGUAAGUUGAGUUCUUUAUUGCAUCCCCUCAUUAUGUGAUGAGGAGGAGAAAGGCUGACAGUUGGACAGGGCUUACUUCGCUUCCGGGGAAUACUAUGGUUUUCUAAAGUUGGUGUCUCAAGUUUCUAGUGACGGUAGAGUUGAAGGACUAGUUAAUUGAUUCUGUGAGGACUUGAGUGGAUGGUGUUGGCAUACGAUUGGUGUGACUAUCGAUGCACUGAGUGUGUCUGGAUUGAUCUGGAGAUUAGAUUAGCUGGAAAUGUAAAUGUCUCGAAACUGGCUGUUUAGCUGCGAAUAUGGUG